AAUAUCUGAUCAGAAAUCAGAACAGGGCUUAUCGCGCUACCAUCGCGCUACCGUCAUGAAUUCUUGUCUCUUCUUCUCCUGCUUUUUGUCAGCAGAGAGAUUGUUCUUGAGCCUGGAAAUUUAAAAGCUUGACGGUCUACAUCGGAAAAUUUUCCUCCCUCGCUGGUGUCAAGAUUUUCUGCAGCCGAAAGAUUCGAUCGACACCGUUCUGACGAUGGGCAUCCUGGGACUGACUACAUACCUGCGCGAGAACAAGGCGACGCUCGCGCACACGCUUGAAUUUGCCGAUGGAGACGACGAAUGCCUUACGACAGUUGUCGUGGACGGAUGGUCUUUCAUCUACGAGUUGAUCCGUUGCGCAGACCUUCCCUGGGUGUAUGGUGGAGAAUAUGAUGUUUUUUGUAAACUGAUAGCUCAGGUUGUCUCUGCAUGGAUUAGGGUGGGGCUGCGAGUGGUGUUUGUAUUCGAUGGACCUUACCCUCGCAUUAAAUUCCCCACUAUCAUUGCUCGUUCCAACCAGACUAACAUCCACGGUGGCUUGCUCUUCUUCAGAACCUCUGCUGCCGCCCGAUCGACUUCUCGUUUCCUGCACGAGACAUCUAUGCUCCCACCCCUUGCAUAUAACGUGUGCAUACGAACUUUGCUUGAUCUUACUUCCAAUACACAAUACCAUCAUCUGCUGGAUGUGCAUUUUGCGGAUGAAGAAGGCGAUCCGUACGCAGUCGCUCUCGCAGGACGUCUCGGUGCGUACGUCGUGGGCCGGGACUCGGAUUACGUGAUCUUGAAUACGGAAGGCUACAAAGGAUACAUUCCGAUGGACGAGAUGGUCUGGCACGCCAUCUCGUCGAUUGCUGUGUCAGAGACAGAUAGCGUGAACGAAUCCAUCUACAGCGGGGCUGACGAGGAAGUUGACGAUGAUGGGUUCCAAAAGGUACGCAGACCAAAAGCACGCAAGCGUACCGUCGCAGAACAACGAACGGGACGGGGCCUACUGCCUCCAGAUGUUUCCAAUGAACCCAGUGCUCGUCUCAUGCUCAUGGUCGCUGUCUACACUCCCGCCUCACUUGCGUCUCGCUUAGAACUCCCCGUAUCGCUUUUAUCUCUUCUGGGGGCGUUGGUCGGAAACGACUUUACUGGGACGUCCGAAUCUGCGGCCUUACUCUCUGCACAAAUCAGCUCGCCGCGCAGGAGCCUACGGUCGCUAUUCUUCGAGAGGCAGCUUACUUUAGUGCAGCGGAUCACGCGGGUGGCAAAAACGCUCCAUACAAUCCUUGCCACAACGAUGUCAUCUCAUCAGGCAGCGCCCAAAAGAAGGAACAGGAGACAGAUUGGUAGCGUCAUGGAGUUGAUCGAUGCUGCUGUGACCGCGUUGCUUCUGCGGCCUCCAGAUACUACGGCCGCCGGCGAAAAAGAGUCCAUAGUGGAGCGCAUUGCCGAAGCGACAUUGCAGUAUGCGUUGCCUCGUCAUGACGGUCGAGAUACUAGCGAGGACGGCAGUGUUGCAGAGGAAGACCGGGAGCAGGGCUCUUGGGCAUCUGACAUUUGUGCAAUCCAUGCCCACGAAUCAUGUCCUCUCUUCGCAUUCCUUUCGCAUCACCAGAAUGAACGGGAGAUUGUCUCACAUGCAUACGAUGCAGCCAAUGGCGAUGAACCCCAUCCGCGAUAUUUUGGAGACGAGCAAGGUCCGCAUGCACGCGUACGAGCGUUGUACCUCUCUGCCUACCGUCGAGGCGACUUGGAUCCACAUAUACUGGAUGUUCUUAGCACGGGCACGGCUUGGUCGCGUUUGUUCCUGGAACAUCCGGACAAGGAGACCGUGUCGAGGAGCAUCGGGCGGCCCAUCCGAGAAUGGUACUACUCCUUGCUUGAGUCUGGCAUCGGGCUGCCACGACACCCAGACGCGGAUGCGAAUGAAGAGGAAAACUCGGAAGACGAACUCAUUGAUGUCGUGGAGGAGAGUGAUGACGAUCUCCUUGCUCCUUUGCGAGGUGCGUUGGAGCAGCUGGGUGACCAAGAGGAUGCGAACGGUGUCCAGAAAGUCGUCACCGAAUACAUUCGCCGAGGAACGCACCUUGCUGCAGAGGAUGUGAUUGUGCCGCCUUUGGACGCGGUGUUGGCUAAGCUUUCGGUUCCUAUCCCUGUCUCUGUCCAACAGAAUACGCAAAAUGGGUCAGCUCUUCCGGUGCAGCUUUGGGAGGAAAAUGCGCGGAUGACGUUCCUAUUCUGUGCACUAAGUUCUAAUGUUCCGAGCGCUAGGCGGGUGCGUGGGGCUCAGCUCGCAGCCGUGCUUGCGGUAAGAUGGACGGUGAUGCGUAUGCACCUCCGCGCGGAGGAGAGCAAGGGUAACAAGGACAGAGAAAUGGAGAAGUGGACGAAGGACGAGGCGAGGGCAUUUCUAGCGGCAUUUUCGUGGACCUCGACAAAAGAAGAUCUUGCGGAAGCUCAUGACUCAGUAGUACCAGUUCAGGAGCGCAACAUUCAGCUUUUGGCUCAAGUCAGCAUGGCAGCAGAAUGCAUCGGGCAAUUGGCUCAAGUCCUACUGCUCGCAGACCUUGUGCCGAGUCCAAUGCCAGUAUUCUCUGGACGUCGAUUCCAUGCCGCCUUGACAGAUGGAACCGCGCAGAGUGCAAAUACCCUCCUCGACAACUUAUUAGCUGCAUGCGUUGAGGGACAAGAAAAUGCUUUCGCUGAAAAGAUCCUGAAGCCGAAGAAAGAGCGGAAAAAAGCUGCAGCUUCACCUACGCCAUCGAAAGUACGGCCGGCAGGACAGGCACGGAAGCAAAGCGUGUUUGAAAUCCUAUCCGGGCUGGAUGCAUGAUUGUCUAUGUGUAUGGAUGAUGUCUAUUGUAACUACUAAGCCUGCUGUAUGUACUCUUUCGAAUCGACGGGACGUUAACCUCGCAGAGGAACAAAUCUCAAUGACUCCGAGC